AUGGGGUGCAGCUCAGUCGCGAACGUCCCCCCCGAUCUCAGCACCGUGGAUAACAACAGUAAUUCACGCAUAAACCCUCCCCCCAGUCACUCUCUACCGUCCGGUUCUUCAUCGUCGAUCGCUCUCUCGCCUCUUCCGCCGUCGUUUUCGUCUCUUUAUUCAAGUGCAGGUCAGGGAGAAGGAGAGGAAGAAGCAGGCGAAGUAGUCGGUCUUCACCAGUACAACAACUCAGCACUCUCAGUCGCCGAGUCAGGGGCUUCUUCACCACCCACUUUUGCCCCGGCGCCUCCGUUUGAGGAAGCUUCUCCGUCCUCGUCACCCGUCACUCCUCGAGUAGUCACUGAGACCAAGGCCGAGCUUUCCAGAGACAAGGGCGAGUCGUCUGGCAAAGGUCAGGACGACGGUGAGCCUCCGCCUCCGUACACCGAGGGGUCCAUCCCACUCCAGUCCUUUACAUACGUCAUGGCUGCCGCAGGAGGGGCUUCGAGUAUCAUCACACAGGUGCAGCAGACUGGCGGGCCGCCGCUGAACUCGCUUGGAGAUAUUGGCGGAGAUGAGCACAUAACGCUGGACCUGCGUGGCAUGAGGUUCACUCUCUCCCGCGACGAGCUCCUUACCUUGCCCGAGUUUGUUCUUCUGUCCUUGUUCCCCAACGGACUGCUGCCGGAUGGACACAUGGGCUCCUUCCAUGAGGGAGACGUAUACCCAGUCGACUAUGAUCCGCUGUCCCUCCAGUACAUGCUAGAUUUCUUCCGGGCCGUUGCUCAGUCAAUUCCGUCCUCUUCGCCUUCCCCAACUACCUCGCCAACUGUCGAGGCCGCUGACCCCAUCCCGAAUCCUGCUCGGGACAUGCUGCAGGACCGCGCUGGAAUCAUCGUCCUGCGCGAAGACCUCGACUUCUACACCAUCCCUCCAACCGCGGAGAUUGAGCAUCCAGAGAUGAUGGAGAUCAAGCGAGCUGCCGGCCGUGCCUUACUCAAGCAGGACGGUAUCUUCUCGGGACUACGGAAAAGUGAUGAGCCCGGAUCUACCGAACAGCAUCUCAUCGAAAUGCUAACUGCAGGAGGUUUCAACCAUGAUGACAGAUGGGGCCACCGUGCAGGCGAGCCAAACAAGGCCGUGAUAUGCAGUCUGGCGCUGGCCAAGCUACGGACCGAUAUCAGAGGCGACUUGGCCAACAGCAAUGCCGUCGGCAUGGCCCAAAAACUGCUUCUAUUCUGGAGAAAACCAGCCCGAAGAUGCUGGUGGGAAGGUGUUGAGCUCGAGAACGUUGAGGGAGUAGAAGGCAAACUAAAGGUUUGGAUCCGGAGAGUGUGGACCCUAGAAAUGAGCGUUAUCGGCCUCCGUUGA